AUGUUUCCUUCAGUUGAUGGUCGUCUUGCUAACCUCGCCAUCUUACUUGCUUCCUUUAUUGUCAUCACAUCCCUCAAGAGGUUCAUUACGAACAGACAGAAAAAACUUCCCCCUGGCCCCGUGCCGCUCCCACUGUUAGGAAACGUCUUGUCUCUCGACACCAAGGCGGCAUGGUUAACUUACACCGAAUGGGCUGCUGCUUAUGGAGACUUGUUUUUCGUACGACUUCUAGGCCAGGAAGUCGUGGUGAUCAAUUCUCAGCACGUUGCAGAAGCCUUGCUGGACAAGCGUUCUCGCAUUUACUCUGAUAGACCAUACAUAGCCACACUUGAGCCGUUUGGCUGGUCUGUCGUAUUUUUUCGUCCAAUGCAAAUCAAGCAGGCUCGUGAGAUGAUCGCCAACCUCAUUGGUGAUCCUCAGAAUUAUCAUUCUCACUUUGCAACAUUCUCGGCAUCAGUUGCGAUGUCAGUGACCUACGGCUAUCAAACUAGUCCUCAUCAUGAUCCUCUGGUUCGAAUCGUAGAAAAUGCACUGGCUAUUGGCCUCGAGGUGGUGACCCCAGAGAAAGCAAUCUUGCUCAAAACCUUCCCUUUCUUACUGAAGUUACCUGACUGGUGCUGGGGAUCCUCGAUCAAAUGCGAUGCUCGAACGUCGUCCGAUCGUAUGAGAGAAAUGACUGACGUGCCGUUCCAAUAUGCGCAAGACCAUAUGUUUUCGAUGGUGGCAGAAAAUCUUCAACGAAUCGAGAAGCAAGAUCAGACAUCCCGAUCAUUUUUUGAGGGCGCCUUAAAGAAAGCAGCUACUACUGCUAUUAUUGGCUCGUCCGGAUUCGUCAUGACUUUUGCUCUCGCCAUGGUAUUGUAUCCAGAUGUUCAGAGACGCGCACAAGCAGAGAUCGACUCAGUGGUUGGCCUGGAUCGCUUACCUACCUUCGAAGACCGAACGUCACUACCAUAUGUUGAAUCAGUUCUGCGUGAGACUUUGCGAUGGCAGCCUGUCUUGCCCCUUGGUGUUCCACAUGUCACCACGGGUGAUGAUACAUAUGACGGUUAUUUCAUUCCGAAAGGAACAACCGUCAUGUGCAACGUGUGGGGCAUUACACGGGAUGAAAAACGGUACCUUGGUGCAUCUCGUUUUACGCCGGAAAGGUUCCUAGACGUCAACGGCGCGCUGACAGAUGAUGACCCUGCUGGAUAUAUUUUUGGCUUUGGCCGGCGUGCAUGCCCAGGCCGAUAUGCUGCUGAUGCUUCUUUAUGGUCCGCUAUUGUUACUAUGUUAGCUACGGUGGAAUUUUCUUCUGCCAAAGAUGAUCAGGGCAAAGUGAUCGAAUUCACCCCCCAAUUCACGACAGGAAUCACCCGUAGUUUCAUCGCUUUAGCGCCCCUAUGGUCUUCCCUUGCAAUCUCUCAUCACGCUCUCGUGCCCAUUCGGAACUUGUGA